GACUGCUCGCAGAGCUCCCGCUGGGCCCGCGAUCCUGGCCAUUCAGCCACAGCUGCCCCCGCUGCGCGCCCUCGAGCCUCUGUCUAAGAAGCAAAGCUCUGUUUCUCCAGCCCAGAACAAGAUGGCAAAGGUGGCCAAGGACCUCAACCCAGGAGUUCAGAAGGAAAAUAUGCAAGUCCUGCAAAUGCAGCCAAGAGGACCACUUCCUGAGCUCUGACCUGGAAGAUGAUCGGAAAAUUGGCCGCUUGCUGAUGGACUCCAAGUAUUCCACCCUCACAGCCCGGGUGAAAGGCGGGGAUGGCAUCCGGAUUUACAAGAGAAACCGGAUGAUCAUGACCAACCCCAUUGCCACCGGCAAAGAUCCCACCUUUGACACCAUCACCUAUGAGUGGGCUCCCCCUGGAGUCACCCAGAAAUUGGGCCUGCAGUACAUGGAGCUCAUUCCCAAGGAGAAGCAGCCCGUGACAGGCACCGAGGGCGCCUACUAUCGCCGGCGCCAGCUCAUGCACCAGCUCCCCAUCUAUGACCAGGACCCCUCUCGCUGCCGCGGACUUUUGGAGAGUGAGCUGAAGGUGAUGGAAGAGUUCGUGAAGCAGUAUAAGAGCGAGGCCCUGGGCGUGGGCGAAGUGGCCCUCCCCGGGCAGGGCGGCUUGCCCAAGGAGGAGGGGAAGCAGCAGGAGAAGCCCGAGGGCGCCGAGACCGCUGCCCCAACCGCCAACGGCAGCCUUGGGGACCCGUCGAAGGAAUACGUCUGUGAGCUCUGCAAGGGGGUGGCCCCUGCCGACAGCCCCGUGGUCUACUCGGACAGAGCAGGUUACAGCAAGCAGUGGCAUCCUGCAUGCUUCGUGUGCGCCAAGUGCUCCGAGCCGCUGGUGGACCUCAUCUACUUCUGGAAGGAUGGGGCACCCUGGUGUGGCCGUCACUACUGCGAGAGUCUGCGGCCCCGGUGCUCCGGCUGUGACGAGAUAAUAUUCUCAGAGGACUACCAGCGAGUGGAGGACCUGGCCUGGCACCGAAAGCACUUUGUCUGCGAGGGCUGCGAGCAGCAGCUGGGCGGCCGGGCAUACAUCAUCACCAAGGGUCAGCUUCUGUGCCCGACGUGCAGCAAGUCCAAACGCACCUGAAGGGCCAUCUGCCCACAGCCAGCAUCCACAGGAUCCCACCAAGAAGGAGAGCCAAGUGUGCUAAGGCCAUCCUGAGGGUUUGGCGAGACAGCCAGCAAGCAACAAAAAGAGUCAUCUUUUUUCCGAGGGAAUAUAUAUACUCAUAUAUUGUAGGUUGGGUGGUGGCGGAACCUGAGCGCCAAUAGUUUCAAAGACAGAAAUGUUCUGAGAAGUCUUAGGAUGAAGUUCUUUUGUUUUUGUUGUUGUUGUUGUUGUUUUCCAGUGGCCAACGAAAGACACAGCUGAUAUCUUGCCCAGGGUUUUUUGGAGGAGUCUCCCAGAAUGCAACUCUGAGUGAUCCAACCAUGUAGCUGUAGAAUGGGCAUGCUUUCUCGAGAUCACCAGGGCUCCUCCAGGAGCAGCCUGGGAUCCCAAGAGUCCUUUGUUGCCUCUUUUUCAAAUGGAGUUUGAAUUUGAAAUUUAAAAAACUUGGCAUGAUAAACAUA